UUUUCACUGAAACACGGAAGUGAUGUCAAAGUUAUUCUCAGCGCAAAUCUUAUCGCAGUUUCCACACUUCACACACACAACGUCCCGCCGUAUUACAUGACAUUUGUUGAUUUAUCUAUCAGCACAGGGCUCAAAACAGUAAACACCUCGCGUUAUAUUCCUCGUUGGAUGCAACAGGGGGGUCGUGGAGCAGUCGCGGUGAAGGUGAGGGAGGGGCGCUUGCGGUAUUCAAGGUUGCGUUCCGUGAACGGAGUGUCGGCGGCGGGCGAUGGCCUGCACCCUGGAGAAGGUCCUGGGCGAUGCUCGUACCCUGCUGGAGAGGCUGAAAGAGCACGACAACGCCGCGGAGGGCUUGAUCGACCAGUCCGGAGCCCUCAGUCACAGGGUGCGAAGCAUGCGAGAGGUGGGGCAUGCCUUGCCCGACAAGCCCAUUGAGAACUCCGAUCUACAAGAGCUGAGCAAGUACAAGCCCCACGUCCUCCUGACCCAGGAGAACACCCAGAUCAAAGACCUCCAGCGGGAGAACAAAGAGCUCUGGCUGUCCCUAGAGGAGCACCAGUACGCCCUGGAGCUCAUCAUGGCUCGCUACCGCAAGCAGAUGCUGCAGAUGAUGAUGGGCAAGAAGGAGCUGGACACCAAACCCGUGCUCAUCCUGCAUCAGGACCACGCCAAAGAGGUGCAGGGGCAGCUGGAGCGGAUCUGUGAGAUGGGCCAGGUGAUGAGGCGGGCCGUGCAGGUGGAUGAUCAGCACUACUGCUCGGUGAGCCAGAGACUGGCCCAGCUGGAGAUGGAGAACAAGGAGCUCCGGGACCUGAUGGCGAUCAGCCGGAGCUCUGUGAAGAUCCAGAGAGAGCACAGCGACCCACCUGCUGCGGUAGCACCCCUAGACCCGCCCUCCGACGACGCAGAGGCCAAUCAGUGAGCAGCACGGGCCAGCAGGGAGGAAGGGGAUUGGUCCGUUCUGAACCCCUCACCAGUGUAAACCCCAGCGUUUCAUCCCGGCCCUGGCCUUACCAGCGGUCCAACUGGAGGACGACUGUCACCCACUCACUUGGUGUAUAUUAUCAACCUGUAUGUAUGUAGGGACUGUGUGAGAGUCCCAGGUCGGCCGGGGGUCCGAGUUGAGAUCGAAGCUAGCGAUUGACACCAGCGAUGGGAAACAUUGAGGAUAAGACGUGUGGAUCAUCCUAUAUUUUUGUUUUUUGCCAAAGAGAAACAUUGACUUCUUUGUAAAGGACAGUUUCUACCUCCGUUAUGCCACAGUUAUGCUCACGUGCACAGAGACGCGUACGUUGGGCCGUUUAGUGGACGUGGCGUCCUUGUAGUAUCGUCCCCGUGUUGUAGAGAAAGCAGUGCUUCUUUUUUAAACACCAGCAUUAUCAUCCGCCGCUGUCUCACUUCUCUGUUGAUUUCACAUGACUGGUAGGGUGACUGUAAUGAAUGUUUGUAUGGAAAUCUAUAUUGCGUCUUGUUGGAUAUAUUUUGUUAAAUGUAGGCUACAGUUUUGUACAAAUGACAUAUGUUUCACAUAAACGUCUUUCAAUAAUGUCUGUGUAACGUUUUUAGAUACUUUUAUUCAGAUUAGGAUGUGGGGGGUGUUCAAAUGUUCCAUUGAUCAACAUAUUUUUGAUUAAUUUAUGGAAGUGUCAACAUUUUAAGUCUUUGUCAGAUAAACAACAGACAUCUGGACAUUAUGUAGUUGUAUUCAAUCAGCUCAGGUAAUUGGUAAUGAGGUCAACAUUCUGUAUGACUUCAUGAAAAUGUAUACAUUUGUGUUCAAAUAAAGUUUCUAUCAAAGGAGAA